AUGGCCACCACUAAUACCACCACCCCCACAACCUCAACCUGGCCAACAAUCAACACCUACACCCCCUACCCCGCGAGAAUCUACUGGCACGAACUCAUCCUCAACCCACGUAAACGCCCCUUCGGCGUCUUCAUCCACAGCACCACUGCCGUGCCACCGCCCAGAACCCCGUUCAUACCGCGGCAACCCACCCAAGCCGAGCUGGACCGCGCAAGGGAACAGGAAGAUUGGCAAUUAUCUCAGCGCUGGUAUGGUGUUGUUCCGAAGGACCUUUCGUGUGUGGCGGAGGGAGGUAGUGAGCAUACGACGAUGGUGCGUGGGGGGACUGCUGUGACUAAUGUUGUGGAACCGUGGGAUAGGGCGAGGGCGAUCGGGCUGGUUGUGAUGCGGAAAUGGAAGGGGUUCUUGGGGAGCGGCCGUGUACGGAGGGUUGUCGUUGCUGGGGUCGACUGGAUGUUGUUAAUUUCAUUUCUUGCUGCUGGGGCUUGGACGGCGGGAAUCAUCGCAUGGGGAAUCGGCCGGACAGUAUUUGCGGCUUGGAAUCGGACUGAUGAGUGUGUCAUGGUCCAGUACGUCUUGGUGCGGCGGUGCGGAAGCUGGGCUGUCGCUUAG